GGUUGCCACUGAGGGCCGCUCUAGCCCGCGCGGCUGGCUUCCUAGGGGGCGGGAGGCUCCACAGGCCCCUCGCCGAUAGCGCGGUCGGCCAUGGAGGGCUUGCGCAAGGCGCUGCUCGUGGGUGCCCUUCUGGGCGCGGGGGCUGGCGUGGGCUCCGCGCUCUUUGUCCUGGUGACCCCGGGAGAGCAGCAGAAACAGGCGAUGCUGAAGGAGAUGCCCGGGCAGGACCCGCGGCGCAGGGACGAGGCGGCCAGGACCAAAGAGUUAGUGCUGGCCACUCUGCAGGAGGCAGCGGCCACGCAGGAAAACGUGGCCUGGAGGAAGAACUGGAUGGUCGGCGGCGGGGGGAGGUCAGCGUGAGCCCCGACCUCCCUGGUGGGCGCUGGGACCUUGCUCCCGCGCAGAAGUCCGACGCGGCCUUUCUCCUCCCUAGGCCGGGCAGGGAGUCCGGACCCGGGACGCCGCGCCCAGGCCUCCCUUGAAGCCGUGGGAGCCGCUGCGGGGUGAGCACGUCCCUCGUCCGCCCCCAAGCGCUGCCCUGACUGCGCUCUCACGUCCUACGUCGCGGGCCGGGGCGUCGGAUGUGGCGAACUAAAGGAACCAAUAAAUCUCGUUCCUCGGGCCAGUCACUGAGCCCUGUGGUCUGGCUCCUGUGUCUAGAGUGUUCUGCGGGCCCGUGCGGUGACGCGGAUGACUCUGGCUCCCACCUGCCCUGCAACGACCACAUCUUCGAAACACAAGUCAGGUCAUGUGGUCUGUUUGCGUGUACUUUAGGUGAUAACCUGGCGACGUUCUCGAAAUCAAAACUGUCCUGGAAAAUCUUGUAGCGGUAGAUGCCCAUGGAGGACAUUUUGGGUUUCCUGUCCUUUGAGUGAGGUUGGAGAGGGGCGGCUAGCAUUUAGCAUGUGCCAUGAUGCUUUCUGGGGCUACUGAACCGUUGGAGGCCAAUUUGCUAGGAGUGAAAGGCGCGUGCUUUGAGUCAGACAUCUUGAUUAAAGUCCUGCAUAUUACAAAA